AUGGUGCCCUUCUGUUCUGCCACUGUUGUUGUAUAUUUGCUAGAAGGAGCAAAAUUCAACAUUCAUGAUGUGUACACUAAUGAAACCUACAAAAACAUAUUAUCUGUUUUUAGCAUGAAUAAAGAAAGUAUGAAGUAUUUUUUCCUCUUCUCAAUUUUUCCUAUGCUAAGCAAGAUUGCAUUAUUAUCAGAGCGGCGCAGCCUAUAUAUUGGUUCCUCAGUUCGUGGGGUCAUCCUUUUAAAAUUGAUCUUGCAUUCUUCAGGCUCUCACACUUUUGAUCAGCUGAACAAUAGAAGGAACAACGAUAAGGAUAAAGCUCCUUUUGUGCCAUUUGUUAUAAGUUUCUCAGAUGAUGAGAGUGGCAGUGACCAUGAUGGAUGUGAACAAGCUAAAGCUUUGGAAUCCAAAAUUAUUACUGGAAGGGUAGACGGGGGUGGAAGAAAACCUUCUUCUUCAGCAAUGAAGUCUCAGCUAGUUUCUCAGGCAACAAAAAAUGAGAGCAAAUUGAUACCCAAAAAAAAUUCUUUGAGUCGUACAUUUGUUCCGUCAACUAAGAAAGCCAAUAUCAUGAAUUCUCCCAAUAGUAAGUUGUCUGGAAUAGAAUAUGGAAGCAAAAAAACUACAGAAUGGAAUAGUACUAAACUUCAAGACCUUCGGCAACAAAUUGCAGUUCGCGAACAGAAACUUAAACAUAAAUCACUUCAGAAAAAUCGGGAAGCAAGUGCUGUGUCAUCUAGAGAUCACCGUGUUAACUUGAACGAUCAUGUGACUCGGAAGCGCAUACGAACUGCCAGUGAAUCUUCUCUGUUUGAAAGAAAGGAUACUAAAGAAAAGCAUCUUAAACUUAGUGAACCACUUACUGCUCAAAGGAAUAAUAACACCAUUGGAGCUGUUGCACCUACAAGUGGUGGCCUCAGUUUGAAUGAAUAUCCACAUAACAUGAAUCAGUCCACAAGAACAACAAUUGUUACAGCUGGAACUUUGCCUAUUAAGUCAGUUGUCACUCAAGAGCUGAAGGAGGAUAAUGGGCCAGCAUAUCAUCCCCUGAUAUCAAAAGAAGUUAAGUUGUCAAGCAAUCAUACAGAAAAUGGAUUUCGCAAAGUUCCAUCUGAUGAUGAACUGAUCAAAUCCCCCUUAGAUGAUGUGCUACCAAUCCUCUAUCUGUGUAACAGUCCAAAUAGAAACUUGGAGACCUCAGAUGCAUCUAUGAACAACGAAAGGCUAAAUAAUGGUUGGGAUGCUGAUCAGAACACGGGUAUGCAGUCACUAGUAGAAAUGGAAGAAUUAGUAGAGAAGGAACUUGAGACGGCACUAGAACUCAGGCGUAAGUGUGAGAUUGAAGAAAGAAAUUCUCUUAGAGCUUAUCGUAGGACUCAGAGGGCUUUGAUUGAGGCUAGUAAUAAAUGUAGUGUUCUUUACAAGAGAAGAGAGGUUUAUUCAGCUCAACUUAAAUCGAAGAUGAUAGAGAAUUCAAAUCUGUUCAGGUCUUAUAUCCUGCAGGAUCAUGUUGAAUCAGGCUUGGACCCUUCAAAUAGAGUUCCUAGUGUCAAUACAAAUCAUUUGUCAAUUUCUAGCCAUAAGAGCAAGUAUGAUUCCGAAGUUCAGAGUGAGCAAAAUUGUAAUUCAAACAUCAAAGAAACAGCCUCCCAUCUGUUUAAUGAGCCUGAUUCUUUUACAUCAGAGCCUUGUAAAGGUAAUAAUGCAGAAAAUGCAGUCUGCUCCCUGUCCAGUGAUGUAAAUAUUUUGACAGAUGAAAAUGAUGACUCAUUUUCAUUUGAAAAUAAGUCUGCUAAUUCUGGCCUAGGUUGCCAAGUAGAGGGGGAAAACUGCGAAGCAGCAAGGUACACAAAUGAUGAAGCUAAUAGAAAUAUCUUAGCUGAUGAUUCUAUUCUUCUUGAAGCGAACUUAAGGUCUCAACUAGUUGCAAGAUACAGAGUAAAAGAAUUGCGAGACAAUACAGGCACAAUUUAUAAGAAGGCUAGAUCUGAAACUGGGGGUGACGAAGGGUGUUCUCAGGAGAAAGCUGAGACAAAUCUGGAGAUUCACAAUUUUACUGCCAACAGUGAGAAUCAACUUACCAUGUCCAGAGGUGCUGAUGCUGUUGAAAAGAGCAUAUCAGAGACUCUCACACAUGUCAAUGAGUUUCAUAUGGAGACUUUGUCAUCUAAUAAUGCUUCUCCGAGUGCUGAUUCCUUGGACAAGUGUUACUUGACAAAUAGCAACCAAUCAGUUGAAUCUACUAUUCUUCUGAGCCCUAUUAUGAGAAGUACAUUUAGUCAUAGAAAAGCCUUUGACUAUUUAUCCGUGGAAACUAGAACUAGAAAUCUCGACGAUUACAACACUGACACUGAAAAAGGCAUCAUUCAUGCCUUGGAUGAAAUUCAGCCUUCAAUUCGUAGUUCCAAUCCAGUGGACCAGGCUCCAGUAGAUAUUUGUUUGCCGAAUAUAUCUUCUAAUGCCUCUGAUCUUGAAAUUGAUCCCUUUUGGCCAAUUUGCAUGUUUGAACUUCGAGGAAAAUGCAACAAUGAUGAGUGUCCUUGGCAACAUAUCAGAGAUUACUCUUCCAGCGAUAGGAACAUGGAGAAACCAAGGAAUACUGAUGAUAUAGUUAGGCCUCUGUAUGAAGGAAAUAGUGAUGAAGCAACAGGCUCUUCAAAGGUUCCCUAUUGUGUUGAUUUUGCACAGCCAACCUACACAGUUAGCUUAGAUAGCUUGAAAUCUACUAGCCACUCAAGUGAAUCUGUUUUGAGAAGUAUUGGACAAUGCUGGAAAAAGUGCUUCAGUAAUUCACUGGUUCUGUCAAGUUUGCUUCCAACCGAUUUAUCCUCAGCUCAUCAGCACUUGCAUGGAACUGACAUGUGUAUUGAGGUCCAGGGAAGUUGGAACAACAAAUCACUCUAUCUGAAACAAAGAAACGAAAAUGUGAGUCAGUCUGCUCAAUUAUUCACUGACAAUGAACAAGCUUUGGAGAGGUCUCUUCUUCAUCUCAAUCAGGAAGUCAAUAAAAGGAAAGGAAGGAUACAGGCACUGAAAGUUCUAUCUCAGGCUUUACAAGAAAAUUCAACGUCCGUAGUUCUCUGGAUUGUUUAUUUGCAUAUUUACUAUAGCACUGAGAACUCAAUUGGCAAGGAUGACCUUUACGAGAGUGCGGUUGAAUACACAAAGGGCUCUUAUGAACUUUGGCUCUUGUAUAUAAACAGUCGAACUCGAUUGAAAGAUCGUCUGGCUGCUUAUGAUACUGCACUUUCUGAUCUCCAUCUCAAUGCAAAUGCCCAUUAUAAGGAUGCAGUAUAUGUGAGUGCAUGCAUCUUGGACCUUUUCCUGCAACUUUUAAAUUGCAUGUGCAUUUCAGGUAAUGUUGACAAGGCAAUUGAGAAAAUCCUCGGGCUUACUCCUGACGCAAAGAAGCCUGAAAGUUUAAAUUCUUUGAAGAUCCUUUCCUCCCUAACAGUUUAUGAUAAAUGUGUCUUCUGGAUUUGUUGUGUAUACCUCUUAGUCUACAAGAAACUUCCUUGUUCUAUUGUUCAGCAAUUUGAACAUCCAAAAAAGAUAUCCGAAAUAAAAUGGUAUUCUACCAAAAUAGAAUCUAACGAGAGGCAGCAAGCAAUUAAACUGAUGGAAACGGCAGUUGGCUCUCUAGUAUUGUGUAUGGAUAGUGAACAGCUUAAAGAUUAUGAAAACAGUCUUCAGACGGCUCGCCACUUUGCUGUAAGCCAUGUUAAGUUAAUAACUGUUCUCGAAGGUAACGAACGUGGUAGGAGCUUGGCUGAUACAUAUAAAAAAAUUUAUCCAUCAUCCCUAGAACUUGCCUUAUUUUUGGCAAGAACCCAGGGUUUUGAGGAGGUUAUUGAUGAUUGGAAAGACAAUGAAGUUUAUCGAGUUCAAUGCAUUUGGAAUCAGUAUGCCGAAAAUGCACUAAAAAACGGAAGGUUUGAUUUUGUGAAAAGAAUAAUGGAUCGAUGGUUUCAGUCUGUCUGGAAAGUACAAUACCCGCAAUGUGGAAACGAUGGUAUGAAUAUUGAAUUUCCUAAUGAUAAUGGUUUUUCUAAAACGGAAGUCACGUUUGGGCUACUCAAUCUAUCUCUCCACAAGCUAUUGCAAAAUGACGUCUCUUCGUCACGGCUAGCGAUUGAGCGGGCGUUGAAAAUAGCAGCGCCCGAGGAUUAUAAGCAUUGUGUGAAAGAGCAUUCCAUGUUCUUGCUCGCAAUUGGUUCAUAUUCUCCAACUGAAGAACCUCCUUUAAGCAUCAUAAAAGGGUAUCUAAUGGACGCUCGCACUUACCAGCUCCUGGAGGCUUUUCCUAAGAAAUUUAUCGAUGGAAUCAAGAAACCGCUCGUUCGACAGCUCGUGAGCAACUUGUGGGCCCCGCAUUCUCCCGACUUCUCGCUUGUGAACAUGCUGCUUGAAGAAUGGUACGGUCCAUCGUUAAUGCCUCCGAUAAAAGGCGAUGAAACCAAAGAUAUUGUGAACAUGGUGGACAAUGUUAUCGAGAUAUGUCCUUGUAAUUACGAGUUUGCCCUCUCAGUCUGCAAGGAGUUCCAAAAACAAUGCAAGUCGUUGGGUAAGGUGAAAUCUGCUGGGGUUUCGUUCUGGGCGAGCUCAAUUCUGAUUAAUGCACUUUUCCAGGCUGUCCCGAUGGCACCAGAGUAUGUAUGGGUAGAAGCGGCUACUGUGUUAAAGUCGAUGAUUGAUGUUCGUUCGAUCUCGGAAAGUUUCCAUAAGCGUGCUUUACAAGUGAACCCUUAUUCUGCUAAACUGUGGAAGUCUUAUUUGGACAUUUGCCAUUCUAGUGGAUCUGGUGUGGAUGAGGUCUUGAAGGAAGCUGCAGAGCGUGGAAUUAAACUCUCUAAAUUCGGGCGAGGUUAGUAAUGCAGUUUUAUUUAGUUUUUAGGGGUAGACUGAUGAUCAUGAUGUUAUACAAUAUGUGUAAUCAGAAAGAUAGAGAACUUAGUUGUUUGAGGAUGAUAAAGAUUGUUUGUUUACUAGUUGUAACUUAGUGGUACAUUGAAACAUAGAUUGUUUUCAUUAUCUGAAUUGCUUUAUGUGCUUUUUUGGUGUUUUGGGAACACCAAUAGUCCAAUAUUAUUUAAUGUUUUCAUUAUAAGGAAUAAUUCAUAGAUGUAUUGGGUGAUGACCCCCUGGGAAGGAAAAUAGAAUAAUCCAUAGAUGUACACUUGUCUAUGGUCUCUUUAUAUACUCUUUUAAGUUUAUUUAUUUUUAAAUUUUGAUAUAUUUCUCUGUUAAGUUUGUU